AUGCAGCAGCCACGACCAUUAUCACAGCCUCCACAAGAUCAAGUACCAGUGCUACCCAAACUACUUAAUACUUUGUCAAUGGCAGCGCCCACUUCACAACAACCACAAACAGAACCAUUGUCACGAUUAGCAAAAAGAGGUAGGCCUAGAAAGGAACCUAUCACUCCAAUUCAGCGUCCAGGUGGUCAAAAUACACAUGCAAGUAGUUUGCCAAAGACGCCAACACAGCCAGCGACAUCAUCAACGAAUCAAGCGGCAGGUCCACCACCAUCUCCAUCACAAAGAGCAUCCCCGUUACAGCAAGCAUCCUCAUUGCAAUCACCCAUAUCUAGCGCCAUUCAGCAGGAAUUGCAACUUCAACUCGCUAGACAUUUACAGCAACAACACCCCUCUAUACAGGCCAAAAAGACACAAAAGCAGCCUGAACAGGCAAGAGACAACGACAAGCUGGUAGCUCUCUUGGCUGAACUCAACAGAAAGUACAAGACCAUCAAGCCAUCUUGCUCCACUUCACCACCACCCUUAUCACCCAAUAUGAAUUCUGAAAUUGUUCUGCAAGUCAGUAAAUCUUCUCCCUCGAUAUCUAAUAUACCCUCCAAAGCAAUUGCACCAGCGAAAGCCGUUGCGACUACAGCAGCAGCAGCAGCAACAAUUGCCUCCUCCCCAAUCUCUAUCAGCAGUGGGUUCUCUACUCCUAAUACCAACUCAUCAUUUGCCAGAAGUGCAGCAUCAAGCCCCGCUCGUAGAGAACUCAUGCCAGUAGAUAAUGCUAAGAGCGCUUUCAAGCCUGCAUCUCCUGUUGCCAAACCACCAUCAACUUCGAUAGCAUCUGCGACUCCCCAAUCGACCUUCUCACUAGUUGCCUCCUCACCUAAAGCAGCCGCUGCUAGCACCGCCCCUUCCAAUGCCCCUACCACUAACACCACCAAUGCCAGCACAUCCACCGUAGCGGCCCCUUCAAUUUCUGCGUCCAGUUGGUCCGAAACCCCCUCCUCCUCUUCUGCUGCUGCUGGUAAAAAGCGUCGAGCGUUACCCUGGUUUGCAAUGUCGCCAUUCUUACGCACAAAGCAAGAGCUUGAAGUGCCUGAAAAAAAGUAUGCUAAAAGAGAAGGUUACAGCUCGCAACGCAAGUCGUAUCCAGUUGUGGAGCCCAUAGAAGGAUACGAUGCUGCUAUCGCAUGCAUGGUCAAUAAGAAGAAGAACAAAAAGAACAGCCCGUCUGAUGUAUGGAGUGUAUCAUUGUCUUCAGAGGAUGAGGAUGAGAACUCUGAUUAG